ACGCAGCUCCUGCAGGGCCUGGCGGGCCGCGCCCCCACCCCUGCGCGCCUCCCUCUCCCCGACUUUCUCCCUGCCCCGAACAAUCAGGGACUUGUGCUUGGCGGCCGAAGGAGCCACGGAGCUGGCUGGCCGCGGAGGAGGCGACGUCAUGGAUUCCUGAGUGUGAAGUUUUCAGGAAAGCCCUUAGUUUUGGAGAUGGAAGGGAUCCAGGGGUUUCCAUGGCGCUGGGUAAACAGGAGGAAACAGUGAGGGAAUCCCGUUAUUUUACUGCAUUGAAAGCCUAUAAACACGGAGCGCGGGGAAGGAAGUCGCGUUGCCGCUGGAGUAAAGCGACCCGCGAAGCGCCGCAGCAGCCGGGAGCCCGGGGGAGCCGGAGCCCGGAGCACGGCAGCGGGAGCACGGAGAGCCGGCGCAGGAGCCUAGGAGCGGGAGCACGGCGAGCGAGAGCCCCGGAGCGGAGCCUGGGCGCUGCAGCCUCUGCGCCGCCGCUCCGCCGGAUCGCAGCACCCGUUCCCCAGCCCGCUGAGCCCGGCCCCUCCAGAUGCAGCGCCCCGCAUUGCGCAGGCCGGGCCCCCGCCAGCCCCUCCGCGCCAUGGGGUCUGCGGACCGAGAAGAAACGAGCGCACAUAAGGCCAUCAGCUCACCCUCCGGACUCGCAUACCCGAAUGAUGUCCUGGAUUAUGGCCUCAAGCCAUGCAACCCCCUCGCCAGUCUCUCUGGCGAGCCCCCUGGCCGGUUCGGAGAGCCGGAUAGGCUAGGGUUCCAGAACUUUCUGAGCCCGGCCAAGCCAGCAGGGGCUUCGGGCCCAAGCCCUCGGAUCGAGAUCACUCCAUCCCACGAACUGAUGCAGGCAGGGGGGGCCCUCCGUGGGAGAGACACCGGCCUGUCCCCCGAGCAGCCGGCCGUGGCCCUGGCUGGCGUGGGCGCCAGCCCGAGGUUCACGCUGCCCGUGCCGGGCUUCGAGGGCUACCGCGAGCCGCUUUGCUUGAGCCCCGCUAGCAGCGGCUCCUCUGCCAGCUUCAUUUCUGACACCUUCUCCCCCUACACCUCGCCCUGCGUCUCACCCAAUAACGCCGGGCCCGACGACCUGUGUCCCCAGUUUCAAAACAUCCCUGCUCAUUAUUCCCCCAGAACCUCUCCAAUAAUGUCACCUCGAACCAGCCUCGCCGAGGACAGCUACCUGGGCCGACACUCGCCCGUGCCCCGUCCGGCGUCCCGCUCCUCCUCACCCGGUGCCAAGCGGAGGCAUUCGUGCGCAGAGGCCCUGGUUGCCCCUCUGCCCGCAGCCUCGCCCCAGCGCUCCCGGAGCCCCUCGCCACAGCCCUCGCCGCACGUGGCACCCCAGGACGACGGCAUCCCCGCUGGGUACCCCCCCACGGCCGGCUCCGCUGUUCUCAUGGAUGCCCUCAACAGCCUGGCCGCCGACUCGCCCUGCGGGAUCCCCUCCAAGAUAUGGAAGACCAGUCCUGACCCGACUCCCGUGCCCACCGCCCCCUCCAAGGCGGGCCUGGCCCGCCACAUCUACCCCGCCGUGGAGUUCCUGGGGCCGUGUGAGCAGGAGGAGAGGAGGAAUUCCGCUCCGGAGUCCAUCCUGCUGGUACCGCCCACCUGGCCCAAACAGCUGGUGCCAGCCAUUCCCAUCUGCAGCAUUCCUGUGACUGCGUCCCUCCCUCCCCUAGAGUGGCCGCUCUCCAAUCAGUCAGGCUCCUAUGAGCUUCGGAUCGAGGUCCAGCCCAAGCCCCAUCACCGGGCCCACUAUGAGACAGAGGGCAGCCGCGGCGCUGUCAAGGCCCCAACAGGAGGCCACCCUGUGGUGCAGCUCCACGGUUACAUGGAGAACAAGCCCCUGGGCCUUCAGAUCUUCAUUGGGACUGCGGAUGAGAGGAUCCUUAAGCCGCAUGCCUUCUACCAAGUACACAGGAUCACGGGGAAAACCGUUACCACCACCAGCUAUGAGAAGAUUGUGGGCAAUACCAAAGUUCUGGAGAUCCCCUUGGAGCCAAAGAACAACAUGAGGGCCACCAUCGACUGUGCGGGCAUCCUGAAGCUCCGAAACGCCGACAUCGAGCUGCGGAAGGGCGAGACCGACAUUGGCAGGAAGAACACUCGCGUGCGCCUGGUGUUCCGCGUGCACGUCCCGGAGCCCAGCGGGCGCAUCAUCUCCCUGCAGGCGGCGUCCAACCCCAUCGAGUGCUCUCAGCGCUCUGCCCACGAGCUGCCCAUGGUGGAGAGACAAGAUGUGGACAGCUGCCUGGUGUAUGGGGGCCAGCAGAUGAUUCUCACGGGCCAGAACUUCACCGCCGAGUCCAAGGUCGUGUUCAUGGAGAAGACCACAGAUGGGCAGCAGAUUUGGGAGAUGGAAGCUACAGUGGAUAAAGACAAGAGUCAGCCUAACAUGCUUUUUGUUGAGAUCCCUGAGUACCGGAACAAGCACAUCCGUGUCCCUGUGAAGGUGAACUUCUAUGUCAUCAAUGGGAAGAGAAAACGAAGCCAGCCCCAGCACUUUACCUACCACCCGGUCCCUGCCAUCAAGACAGAACCCAGUGAUGAGUAUGAUUCGUCUUUGAUCUGCAGCCCCGCCCACGGAGGCCUGGGGAGCCAGCCAUAUUACCCACAGCACCCAAUGCUGGCCGAGUCCCCCUCCUGUCUUGUGGCUACCAUGGCCCCCUGCCAACAGUUCCGCUCAGGGCUUUCAUCUCCCGAUGCCCGCUACCAGCAGCAGAGCCCCGCAGCCGCCCUCUACCAGAGGAGCAAGAGCCUGAGUCCGGGCCUGCUGGGCUACCAGCAGCCAGCCCUCCUGGCAGCACCAUUGGGCCUGGCCGAUGCCCACCGUUCUGUGCUGGUGCAUGCUGGCUCUCAGGGCCAGGCGCAGGGCUCCGCCCUGCCACACACAUCCUCGGCCAGCCAGCAGGCCUCACCCGUGAUCCACUACUCGCCCACCAACCAGCAGCUUCGUGGUGGGGGUCACCAGGAGUUCCAGCAUAUCAUGUACUGUGAAAACUUCGGCCCCAGCUCUGCCAGGCCUGGCCCGCCUCCCAUCAGCCAAGGUCAGAGGUUAACCCCGGGCUCCUACCCCACAGUCAUCCAACAACAGACUGCCCCGAGCCAAAGAGCUGCCAAAAACGGACCCCCGGUCAGUGACCAGAAGGAAGCUCUGCCUACUGGAGUGACAGUCAAACAGGAACAGAACCUAGACCAGACCUACCUGGAUGACGUUAAUGAAAUCAUCAGGAAGGAGUUUUCAGGACCUCCUUCCCGAAAUCAGACCUAGGAACAGACAUUCUCGUAAGACGCCUUCCACUCUGGACCCCUUCUGUCCCCUCCUGCCGUCUCUGACUGAACACUGUGUGUGGGUGCAGCGCAUGGGCUGUUUGUGCAGGAACCUGCUGCCUCCCAAAGUGCAUCUCGGCUGAUGUCCACGGUGACUGGAUGAGAAAGCAACUGCCUGCUGACCAAAGCCCCGUUCUCAACUCACCAGGAUGCUGAGCCUCAGACCUGAAGGCUCAGAUGCUGAAGCUUCAGACAGGGCUGGAGAACUGUGAUAGAGCCCCAGCCCCACAGACAUGGCUCCUCUCCUUCUGGAAGUGUCUUUAGACAGAGUGGUCAAAAGGACACGGCCCAAGAGUCCAGCUUCUGGCUGGAAAAUCCCAGGUCUGUCUCUGUAGGAGCUGAAACUGGGCCGUCAUCCACGCCCCAGCUGGGCCACAGCAAAGCUUUAUUUUGAAUUUUCUCUUUCCAAAGCCAAACUGCCUUGCCCUGCGAGGACCACCUGCUCCAGCUUCUCCGCCUUAAGUUAUAACACAUGUACGUAUCUGCUAGAGCUUUUUCUGGAGCUUUUUCUCUGCUUCAAAGAGCCAACGAGGUGGCUGCGAGCUGAGCCUUCUUCCUGGCUACUCCCUAACCCACCUGCAGCAGACUUCUGGGGGGGUGGGAUCCAGCCCAUGCUCCUCUCUCCACCUCCUCCAGCAGGAGCUGGGAGACCCUACCCUGUCCUUGCAUUGACUGUUAAGGAGCUAAAGCCACCAAUAGAACCGGCAGGUGUUUGUCAUGACUGCUACCAAACAGAACAAAAGGGCUUACAUGUCCCUUUGCCCUAACCUCAAAGCAGAAAAGCGCUGGCUUCGGCCCCCCUUCGGUUCUGUUUACCUGGAUUCAUUUAAAGCCUCCACAGACUCCAAAGCGCUGGCGCAUGAGCUUCGCGUAACUCAGGCCCAUCCGCCCCGGCAUAUGCGAUAGCGUGAGCAAGCCCUGUUGGGCCAGGUUGUGUGUCCUGAGGAAUUCUCUCUCCCUGCUCCAGGCACACCACAGUCCUCCACAGUCUUCCUCCCCUGGUGCAGUUUUUUCUUCUUCUUCCAACAGAGCUCUUCCAGCAAGUUCACUUUCUGUUUUGCCUUCACCACAGAUGUCCCUGUUGGGCAAGGCAGAGUAAAGUGACUUUCUCAGCUCUGUGUCCUAGGCAGGGGACCUGAGAGGUGCCACAGUGGCUAAAUACCACGGUGGGUUUCUUAACAUCCUGGCUUUCUUCUCAAGGCCAUCCCAAAAGAAAUCUUCCCGGGAGCUGGGACAGCCACGGCUGGCUCUGCAAACAGAGACCCCAUGCCCAGGGCUCAGCCUGAGCGUGAAGAGUGUGGCUCCGUGGUCAAGAUCUAGUCUUUCCUUCCCCCCUCGCAGCAGCCUGGGCUUUCCCUCCACGUACCCCAAAGCACAGACCUAAGCAGAAUUUUCUUUUGAACCCAGAAUGUGCACAAGAAGUUGAGCACUAAAGCCUCUGUGAUUCUAAACAAGAAAGCCUUUUCUGCUGGCCCUUGACCGACAGAAGUUUCUAACUGGAAUGGUGCCUGCUUCUCUGGGGAAGGGUGAUGAGGGUUUGGUGAGUGAUCAGUUCACACUUGCCCUGGCUGGGAGCCACUUCUUGCACAUGAGGGAAUCAGGCCCUUCCUCAGAUAUCUCAAUGUUUUACCCAAGUGCCUUCCUGUAAUUGUAGUGAGUAGUUCAGCGGCAUUGUCCACGGGGUGAAAAAGGGCUAACUCAUUUCCCAUUCAUCAUCUAACCAUGUCAGCAAAGAGGUUCCCGGUAGCUCAGACUCCGGUACCUGCGUGUGUGUGUGUGUGUGUGUGUGUGUGUAUGUGUGUACAUGCUGCUCUUCCCCUUGCACUAUCUUAGUUGGAUAGCCUAAGAAACCUGCUCGUAAACAAACAUCCCAAAUAACCGAGGAAAGAAAGCAACAUUUGUUUGCAGACAAAUAGGCCUGAGAAAGUGUGUGAGUAGCAGACAGCGAUCAAGAAAGUGUGGUCAGUUACAGACUGCAGCAGGGGAGACUGUUAGAAACCAUUUCCAGAAUGUGAAGAUGCAGAAUAAGGACAGAGAUCCCCGAGUAGGGAAGACGGGCAUGCCGAAUGUGGGUCAGAAGGGUGGAAGCAGAAGUGUGUCCUUGCCAAAUCCAUGGUGAUGUUAGGGUGGCACUCUGACAGUUAGCUCCACGUUCUGAAUGUGGUACUUGCUCUGCAAGGUCCGUACAUCCACCCGGAUUAGCAUGGUAUUAAAUUUUCUUUUACCUGUAUUUUCAUGCUUUUUAUCUGCCCUCAAAAUAUCUCACCCCUGAUGGAGCUAGAACAUAUUUAUAAAUGGUCAGGUGUCUUCUUAAGGGUCUUUUUUUUUCUUCUAACAACUUAUCUUCAUUUUCUGUAAGAGAAAAGGUGUACUCUUGAAUGUACAUUCUGGAAUGUUUUCAUUCCAGAAAACAAAUCCAAAGACUCGCCUUGGGUCCUGUCAGGACCUUAGGACAGGAGGGAAGGGGACUUCGUAGGAGGAGAGAGUAUCUUUUUCUUGCUUAAGAAGGAUGCUGGCUCCUCCUCAAGCCAGGGUUGCCCCUGAGACUUGUACAUGAAGGGGUUAGUCAGUGGUUUUGACUUAAAGCCACAGAACCCUGUCUUCUCACGGACGAGAGCCCACAGGCAGGCGGACACGGACAGAGCUUUGUGGAGUCCUCCCACAGGACAGCGGUGUGCAGCUUCCAAAGAACGGCCACUUCUCUUUCAGCACAUCGUAGCCAUGGGCAAAGUCAGCUGCUUCCUCCCAAGACCCGGGACAGCUUGUUCACAUGUGGUAGUCUGGCCAUCCUGUUAUUCACCAUCCCCGGCCAUCCUUAGCCACUGGUGGCUCCGUCACACAGGGAGGUCAGAAGCCAAGGUGUCUUAAUUGUCACUCAGAACCUGAGCGAGGCUGAAUUGCACCACAGUGCUCAGCGUUGACAGACCAUGGUGUGGGGGGGGGAGGAAGGGAGGGGUGCUACUUCACAACUGUCUUCAUUUGGAGCCCCAGAAAAGAGUGGCCAAGCUAGGCUAAGCACACCCUCACCACUGUGUCUCCCAGGCUUGGGCAUCAGUUCAUGGACCUAAACCAGACAGCUGCAGAGUGAGGGACUUUCCUGCAGUCAGGCCAGCUGCUUAAGUAAGGUCACGUCACCUCCACCUACGACCAGCUUACCCGUGCCUUGACAUAUAGCCACCAUCAUUGUCUUAAUCCAGUUUGUUUACAGCUAACUAGUGAUGGGCAAGAGCAGGCUUCUCUGACAUCACGGUGGGAUCCUGGGAACUGGAGUCAAAGGGUUAACGCUGUCUCUAUGCAGCCUUGGGGCAGAUGGGAAUAAACUGCCCUGCCCUCUCAGGCUUUAGAUGGUCAGGGUACAGAUGAAGCUGUUGCCUUCUGGUUGGCCAGAACAUACCACAGCAGCAUCCCAGGCAACAGAGAACCCAUUCCCCUGUCACUUCUCAGCCCACACAGGGAAUCUCACUGUCCUCUAGGUGCUGGGAGGUCGCACCAGCUUGGCCAGAAGGCUGGGGUUUAGGGAAAUCCUGACUGUUUGAGGAGUUGGAAUAUAUCGCAUUCCUAUGCAAAACAAUUUUAAUCUCCAGUUUCUUGUAGUUUAUUUUUGCUAUAUGUAAAGUAUUUUUAUACGGCUUGUAUGAUGACCGCUUACCAAUAAACAGUUGAGAGC